AUGUCUUGUGACAAUCGACAUGCAAGUAGUUGGUUGAUUGGUGAGAGUAUAAGAGAAACAUAUCAAGGGGUUGGUUGUGAAUUUCAACCAAAAGACAUUGUAGCAGACAUUCGAAAGCAGUAUGGCAUUCAAAUCAGUUAUGAUAAGGCGUGGAGAGCCAAAGAACUUGCUCUAGGUUCUAUUAGGGGAUCACCUGAGGAGUCUUAUAAGACUUUACCAUCCUAUUGCUACAUUUUAGAGCAAAAAAUUCCUGGUACCAUUACUGAUAUAGUUACUGAUAGUGAUAAUCAAUUCAAAUACUUUUUUAUGUCGAUUGGUGCAUCUCUUGCUGGGUUUCAUACAUCAAUAAGGCCUGUGGUUGCAAUUGAUAGGACAUUUUUGAAAGCAAAGUACUUAGGGACUUUAUUUAUUGCACCGUGUAAAGAUGGCAACAAUCAGAUAUACCCUUUAGCCUUUGGGAUUGGUGAUUCAGAAAAUGAUGCCUCAUGGGAGUGGUUUUUACAAAAACUACAUGAUGCACUUGGACACAUUGAUGAUUUGUUUGUAAUAUCAUAUCGACAUGGUAGCAUUGAGAAAGCAGUACAUAAAGUAUUUCCCCAUGCGAGGCAUGGUGUCUACACUUAUCACGUUGGACAAAAUUUGAAGACAAAGUUCAAGAAUCCUGCAAUUCAUAAGUUGUUCCAUGAUGCUGCUCAUGCUUAUCGUGUUUCAGAGUUAAUUUUAUAUUUGGGCAACUAG